AACGAAGGGGUUUGUCGUGAUAGUCGAAGUCAUUUUCAGAAGCAACUGUAGGUGUAACUGCACUUUCUAUAGACUCGUAAUAUCAACAAACCAAAAUAUAAAGAGAGAAAAAAACUUCCACCUCUUCACUCAUCACCUACUCCUCCGAUGUAAUAACGUUCAAAUCCCGCCGCGGCCAUCUCUGUCGCCUUUCUUUCACUCUCUUUUCAUUUUCCUUAAAUAAAUAGAUAAUUUCAUUAAUUCAUAUAUAAUAACCACCGUUCACUCGUUCACGUGCGAAUCCAUUCGUCGAUGACAAUGGCCGUCGAUUCAACUUGUCAGAAAGAACAUCAAAUUCAGGAGUUUCUAAAGGGGAAUGAAAAUUUACCUAUCAAUUGUGUUGAUGAUCAUAAUCGACAGCUUCCUCUAGAUAUACCACCAAUUUUGGUUGAAAAAACUUCACUUCCAGGAUUGCACGGUUCACAGGCUCAAGAUGUUUAUAGUAUUUUACUGGUAUCGGAGGAAGGCGAAAAUGCAAGCAGUGCUUCUUCACUAAGUUUCUUAAGCACUGUAGAGGUUCCUAAUCCAGCUAAAAGCGCAAUGUGUUUAGACGGUCAUAUAAAUUGCCAACACAACAUUGAUUUUCAAAUGAAGAGAGAAGAUGUUUAUACCCAGUGCAUAAUUGAUAUACCUAAUGUUAACGGAAACUCAGUUUCACCUGAAUCCUACGAAGAGGGAGUUGAAAGUUAUAAAACUGGGAACUCACCAACAAGUGUACUGUGGAGAGAAUCAAGUCUAAAAGCAGGGGCAAAACUUAUGCAGAGUCUAGUGAACCUCAGCAAUCCAAGAGAUAAACCAGUCACUGAAAAGCUACAUGAUUUGCCAAGUAACAAAUGGAGAAGAUAUAAGCGCUCUACCUCAUUUGAUUCCAGAAAAGUUGCUCUUCUGUUUUCAGUAUUGUCAAGUUUGGGAACAUUGGUAUUGAUAUAUCUGACACUGAGGGUCAGGCAAAGGGCUGAUGGGUUUGUUCUUAUGUAAAGGAAGGAAUAACGGUGGGUGUGAUCAGAUGCGACUAUGGAAAGCUCGUGAGAUGAAACCACGGAACUCAUCAUGAUGUAAAACCAACAUUCCGUCUAAUAAAAUUGUAUAAAAUGUCAGUACAGGCACUGUUUCUGCAAUUAAGCAUUAUAUCAAAAUUGUAUAUCGUUUAGUAUUUAAAAGCUCCCGUUUGAAGCUUUAUCUAAACAUCCGAUACUUCAGAAACUAACGAUGCCUCCUCCAUAAGUUGUCAACUGGUAAACAAUUUGUAGAUCA